UAUGACUGGACAAACUCCGCACAAACACGAAGGAGGCGCACAGUACAUGGUACGAUGCGCGCAGAACCGACACCACCGUCCGUCGUCUCGAUCGCACACCAUCGUCGUCAUUCGCUACGCAAAAGCGCGAGAUUUGCGUUGAGGUUGGAUUAACUAAACAAACAGUCGGCGAGGCGUCACUCGCUAGCCGACCGUCGAUCAGAAUGGUCCCAAAUUGUGACCGAAAAGUGAUAGGCCUACGAAGAAGUUUACAAACAGCUGACGAACACGUGAAUGGAACUGGCCCAGUGCUAGGCACCGCCAAGUGAAACGUGACUAAGUGUACCGACAAACUGACCAUUGUUUGAAGCAUCUACACUGGAUACAGUAGCAGCUAAUUCAAUUUAAAUUGCAUUUCCGCUGCCCAUGAUAUUUUAUAAUCCCUAAAUCCAGUAGUGAAGUGAAAUCUACGGUUAGCAGUUGAAGCAAUGGUGACAUAGCCGGUUCGGUGAAGAAUGUUCAGUAUGAAAACAAGUUGCCUAUAAUUAAGUGGUGAUAUAUGCUAAUCUCCCAGUGAAUCAUGAAACUACUGCUGAAAAUACACAACAAGGAGCGAAACCAUGUCAAUCUGCAGCGGAAACGUAAAUACUACCGUCGAGUAUCCAAGUCAUCAUCCUCCUCAGCCGGCAAGAACUCAUCCUGUGCAGUGUCAUCAGAAGCCAGUUAUAAUGCUAGAACCGGACGAAACAACCAAAGCCGAGGCCUUCCAUCGCCGGAACAUUCGUCAGUGCUGAGACAGGAACGAUACUUCCUUUAUGGAGCGCUCAUCCUUUUUACCAUAAUUGCCUUUUCGACAGCGCUGUAUUUCGUCAUAAACCAAUCACAAAGCAAUUCUAGCCCUAGUCAGCCGGAGAUCCUCUUCGGCAAUAAUUACGUAUCGGGAACUAUUCCCAACCUUGGCAACGGCCAUCUAGUCAUCGAUCGUCAAAACUGGGGUGCCCAAAGCGAAGCCCGCGGUCCAUACCCGCUACAACAUCCUACACCAUACGUCUUGAUCACCCAUAUUGGGGUUCAGUCAACGCCCUGUGUGGAUAUGUACCGAUGCUCAAUCAAAAUGCGAACAAUUCAAGACGCGGCCGUAGCUGAGCAGAGUCUACCGGACAUUUCCAACAACUUCUACCUCGGUGGCGAUGGCUUUAUCUACGUCGGUCGAGGAUGGGAUACAGCGAAUGCGUACGCAAAUCACACGCUCUCGGUAUGCUUCAUGGGAGACUACGUUCGGUAUGAGCCGAAUGACAAACAGUUCUCUGCCCUUGACCACCUGCUUGCCCACGGAGUCGCAAAAGACUAUUUGACAAAGGAUUAUAAACUCGUGGCUCAUAAUCAGACCAGAACAACCAGAAGCCCUGGGCCGUACAUCUACGAAAGGAUAUCCAAAUUGCCACGAUGGUCCCCUUGUGGAAGUCCCGGUUACAGCGCAUGCGGUGCCGAAAUUGGACUGCCAACCGUUUGGGCUCAGGACUAUCCGAAGAAAACCGUUACCAGUAAUCAUCCACCAACAGUAAAUCAAGCGGACGUAUGAACAACAUCAGUCGGUGCAAAAUAAAUCGUUUUAGUGCGUGUAUUUCGCUUGUGUUUAUCAGUAUGAAAACGAGCAAACACACCUACUUAUCGUAUGCAGCAAAAGCAACAACACCAGGAAUGACAAACGGAAACGGGCACUUAAGAAGAAGAUUAUCGUUAUAGUUCGUAAGGUUGCAUUAGUUAUACGCAAGCACUGUUUGACGAUUGUGGGCAUUGGCUCCGCACAUGGAAAUCAUGUGAAUUAAAAUUGGGAAUCUCCGUAAGAUGAUCUAGAUGUGAUUGAGACUAAAAUUCUUUAUUAGAGGAAACGUAACUAUCAGGUAAUUUACAACUAAUGUAAACUAAUAUGCUCAUAUGAAUGCAACAUAUUGUAUGCAAAUCGAUGUAUUGUUAAAUAUUUAUUUAAGCUUGGAUUUUACGCAUGUUGCUUUCACGGCAAUAUGCUCAAAAUAAUGUACAGGUUGGAAAAUACGAUCAUUACAAUAAAUCAUAAUGUGAAU